CAAGGGUGUCAUGCAUAUUCGGUGUGGCUUUAGAUCUCGCCGGCGAUAAGAGUUCUUUGGCCUUUACUUCUCUUUUGGGGCCGAGGAACGCGACUUCCUAUCAAAUAAAGCCUUGCCCUCAAACAAUUCGUUCCAUUCCUUACCCAGUACAACGCUGGUCACUUGGAUUGUUUACUACAUAAGAGUUUGUUGACGGCAUAUAUUUUCACCCUUCUCAUACAGGCCGUGCUAUCAAAAUAAAAUCAGGCAUCAUGACAGCGGAAGCACCAACUUGGAGCCUCGCAGAAAACGUCAGUCUAGGCACUGACGAUUUCCCGACUGACUUCUACCUUGAUGCUGUGGUACGAUUCCUCAAGGUCAUGAAGUAUGAUGACAAUAAUUAUACACACGAAGAGAGGGUUCACAACCUACACUACGCCUACGCAAAAGCAGCACGACACUUUGCCCAGCCAAAGCAACAGCAACUCAUCAAAGCUCAUCCCAAACGACUACAAGCUUCCCUUCAGACGAUUGUUGCCAUGGUGGUCUAUGCCUGGGUGCGCGUGGAUUGCGAGGUCAUGGCCGACUUGUCGAUUCAUUACACCUAUAUGCUUCUCCUUGAUGACAGCGAUGAUCACCCCGAGAAGACCAUGGAUACGUUCUACGAUGAUCUCUUGGCGGGACGGCCACAACAGCACUCUUGGUGGCAGAUGGUGAAUGAACAGUUUCCGACUCUACUGCAACAUUACGGGCCUUACUGCAAGCUAAAUCUCGUUCGUAGCACUACAGACUUCUUCCAGGGAUGUUGGAUCGAACAGCACAACUUUCAAGGCUACCCAGGCUCCUACGACUUCCCAGGCUUUCUCCGGCGCAUGAAUGGUCUCGGACACUGCGUGGGUGCUUCUAUCUUCCCGAAAAAGCAGUUCACCGAAACAACUCAUUUCAAAGAAAUCACAAGCGCAAUCGCGCAGAUGGAGAACUGGAUGGUGUUCGUCAAUGACCUGCUUUCGUUUUUCAAAGAGUGGGAUGAGCCGCGUGAUCAGGCUUCGCUUGUCAACAAUUAUGCAAUCUGUGACCGGACUAGCCUUCUUGAAGCACUCGAGAAGCUAACGCGGGACUGCAUCCGUGAUUCAGAGCAGAUUGUUGAGGUAUUUGCGGAUAAACAUGAGGACAUCAAAGAGACAUUGACGCUCUUCUGCCAAGGAUAUAUCACAUGGCACCUAAGCGACCCACGUUACCGGCUUGACGAACUCACCGCAAAGGUUUCUGGUUCCGCAAGCACUACGGCUGAUGAGUUCCGCCGGUAUCAAGAAUCUGCUCGUCGUGUCGGUGCUGUGAAUCCCGAGGAAUGGGCCUUUCCAUCUGUAGUAGAGCUAGUCGAGCAAAGGAAGACUAGGAGAGAUUCGAUAGGCAAAGUAUCUACAGCUUCUUCACCAGAACUGAAGGCGCAGUAGUGGGUAAAAAGGAGGGUAAUACUUUACACAUAUCGAUAUUCUUAACACGUAGAAAAAAACAGGAAACACUUUUAGCUACCUAGGUGGUUAGUUAAGACAUAUAAAAAAUGUAGAUUUCUUAUGUCUACCUAGUGCCUAAGUAUCUGA